UGGUCUUUUUCCUUAUCCCUGAGUAGGACUCCGAACAACUUGAAUGACCUCAGCUCAAGCACCUCUGACAGCGACGAUUUCACUAUCCCAGAUCCAUUCCUUACCAAAAGAAUCGUGUCGCAAGUGGAAUUCUACUUUUCAGAUGACAACCUGUCCAGAGAUGUAUUCCUCCUGAGGCAUAUACAAAGGAACAAGAUGGGAUUUGUGAGCAUUAAACUUCUGACAACUUUCAAAAAGAUGAAAUGUUUAACUCGGAACUGGCGAGUGACCCUUUAUGCUCUGCAAUUCUCGAAGUUGCUGGAACUCAAUGAAGAUGGGACCAAGGUGAGAAGGAAGGACCCUGUCCAAGAAUCUUUGGAAAACAUCCCUCUAAACAAGACGCUCCUUGCCUGGAACGUCCUUUCAUGUGAACAAUCCGUUUUUUCUUCACUCCUGCUUCAAGAAAACUUUCUGUAUACAAUCACAAAGCUGUUUGGGUCUUUUGGUGACAUUGCCUGCAUACGCAUCUUCAGACCGGGCAAAAAACUGCCCUCAGCGGUGGCAAAAUCUACCAUUUCCUAUCCUGAGCUUUUGUCCAGAUGGUGUGCAUUGGUGGAAUAUGAAAAGCUGAAGAGUGCCCAAAAGGCUUUUGGAAGGCUUAGCCACAAGCAGUUCUCCUCUCCUGGACAAAGCAUCAAAGUAAUCAAUCUCUCUACUCUCAAAAAGACGAACAUGGUCAGUUGGGAAGAUAGUGAGAAGAUUGCAGGAGUGUCAAAGCCUUUUAGAAAAUGGUCCAACGAAUUGUCAAAAGGCCUUCAACAUAUCCUUGAAGACUCCUCUCCCUGCAGUUCUUCUACAGAACCAGAUAGUAUCCGAGUUUCUACUCCUAUCAUUCCUCGGAAUUUCUUCUCUGCUCCAGUCAUGCCUACAACUAAGCCCUGCAACUUAUCAGGUCAGGCCUUCAAAUCAAGUCCCUCCAGCAUAUCACAUGCAGGCCCUCUUCAACUACGCAAACCAUUGGCAUGGCAGCUAUGCACCUCACCUGUUUCUGCACUAAAGUCAGGCACAUCAGAAUUUCAGAAACCAUCCAACUCCUGCUGGGGCAACAGAGUAGGUCCAGAAACCUUGGAGACACCAAAGAGGCAUGGACCACUCUACAGUCGACCAUUCAUACGGAAACCAGAGUCCUUUUGUUCACGACCUACUUCCACAAUCUUCUAUAAACCAGUAGGUGUCUAUCCCACAGUGAUCCACCUACCUCAAGGGCCUGAUGGAACCAGGGGUUUCCACAAUACGAGAGGGAGAGGGAGAGGGAGAGCUCUCUUAAAACACUAA